AUGUAUUUAGACUAUAUAGUUUUAUUUGCAUCAGUAUUAAGUGUAUCGACGUUGCGUUGUGAUACACAAUAUGAUUUAAUAGUUUCCGAUCAAACUAAAUCGAAUAAUGGAAAAUAUUUAUUGGAAAUUGAUGGGAAGCCUGAGAAAUAUGUGCCUAAUGAACGAUAUACUUUAACAAUCAAGGCUGAUUUCUAUUUGAACUCCAACCUAAAAUUCAAACAAUUCAUCUUGAGCCUGGAAUCUCGUCUGAGCCCAGACGACGAAGACGACGUCACCCACCAAACAGGAAUUCUAGAAUUAGGCGAAGACACUCUAUCGAAAUUCAGCCAUCAAUGUGCCAACACUGUAACCGAGGCCAAUACCCAACCCAAAAAGCAAGUGGUACUUUUUUGGCUGGCACCACCCUCCAACAGUGGAUGCGUUACAAUCAAAGCAACAGUAAUUGAAACCAGAGAAAAAUGGUACGCAGAUGAAGAUGGUUCUUCGGAUGGUUAUUUAACCAAAACCCUUUGCGAAAGCUUCGAAGAAAACGAAGACCAACUUCCAGAGAUUUUAACAUAUUGCUGCGCCUGCGAUGAAGCAAAAUACGAAAUGGCUUUCAAAGGCAACUGGAUCAGAAACAAUCAUCCAAAUGGGUUCCCUGAAAAUCUUUUUACUACAAGAUUUAGUGAUAUUGUAGGUGCUUCGCACAAAUACGGCCACGAGUUUUGGAACGACAACUUAGAACCCAGUCAAGGCCUAAAAGAGUUGGCAUUCAAUGGUAGUACCAAGACUUUGGAAGAAGAACUAAUGAGAAACAUUGCCAAUUUGCAUACAAUAAUAAAAGCCAAAGGGUUAUCGUAUCCUAACAUAACUUCAUCCUCUUAUGCAAUAUUUCGUGUUGACAACGAAAACCAUUUGGUUUCAAUGGUCAGUAAAAUGAUGCCUUCACCAGAUUGGAUUGUUGGAGUACCAAGCAUGGAACUUUGCUUGGCCAAUUGUUCGUGGAAACAAUAUCGCACCAUUAAUUUGUAUCCAAGAGAUGUUGGUAUUGAUGAUGCAGUUGAAUAUAAUGGAAGAAGUCCUUCCAGGAAUCAACAUCCAAUAAUCAAGGAAAUUACUUCAACUGAUCCAGAUGAUGAAAGAUCGCCUUUUUAUGAUAAAAGUGGCGAAAGAAUGAAGCCUAUAGCUCAGCUGCAUUUCAAGUUGGAGAAAAUUUACCAGAAAAGAUGCAAUCCAGACAGAAAACCUCCUGAUCCAAUAAAUGAAGAAGUUGAUGAAGAGGAAAAACCUGAGCCAAACUACCAACCGCACCGAUCUUUUGGUUCUAGUGAUAAUAAAUGUGAAACCAUUGGUUGGACUAAAUGGUCUUCAUGUAGUGCUCAAUGUGGCAAAGGCCACAUGACUAGAAGCGUAAAAUUUAAGUACGCCCCUGCUCCAGGCACCUGUGAAGACAUUACUCGUGAAGAAACUCAAGAAUGUUUGGCCGAAUGUGAGAGUGGAGAAAACUAUGUGAAUGUUUGUGCUAAUAUUAUUUGGAGCCAAUGGUCGAAGUGCAGUGCCAAAUGCGGCAAGGGUACGAAAUACAGGUAUAGGAUUCCGGGUCGGGAUCGCUACGAGGAUGAAGGGGAUAGUAAGGAUUGUGUCAAUAAGGAAGUGGUUGUAUGUGAAGAAGAUUGUUGA